CCCACCAUCAUCGUCAUGCGCCUCAAGCCAACACCCUCACCAACGUCGCCUGUCACAAUCUCGCUCGCGCCGCCCUCAGUACUAUGCUUUCUCUGCCGCCAUCCAUCUCUACUGGCUCGCACUACGCGCAGCAUCUAUCAACGUAGAGUUUUCAGCGCGCGCCGUUCGCAUCUCGCUCGCCCAUGGCACUCACCUACCCACCUCACUCGCACCUCGUCUCAUACUACCCCGGCCACCCUGCAGCGCACCUCGCCUCACCCUACCUCGGCCACCCUGCAUCGCACCUCGCCUCACCCUACCUCGGCCACCCUGCACGCUGGCCGCAUCACCGCGCGUCAGAUGCUGGUGCGGUCUCGCACGUCCAGUCACCCAAUCGCGUGCGCUUGCAGUCGACGACCAGCCAUGCGCUGUGCAUAGUAGCCUAUCGGCUGUCUAUGCACGUCGUCGCGCAUUCUGGCACGCCAGUUCCGGCGCGCGACGAGGAACGCGUGGCGCUGACGUGUCGACGAGGUCGGCAACUGCCGGUGCGCGGCAACCGCCGAGACCCGGUCGCGACCCGGCAACAGCCGCGAGCGUGCACCCGCGCCGUUCCGGUGUGUGCCCGGUUCGCUCGCGCUCGCACCCCGUCGCCGUCGUAGCGCGC